CUGGCCGGGCCGGGUCACCUGCAACACAAGGGCACACCCUGUCAUUCAUCAACACACAGACCCCUCCCAAUUUUGCAAUUGAAUCAGGUAUCGCAAUCGGAAAAUCUGCUAGGGUUUGUUUCAGAGCUAAGCCAUGGCGAUGAGGAGAUUCUUCAACGAGAUAAGGGGAAAGAAGUUGAGCGAGGUUCCAGAGCACGUGAAACCGAUGCUGUCGUUGGGUUACAUAAAGAGAGCAAUUCAGCGUGGCAUGGACAACUACCACGCCAAGUACAUCGAAACCAGUUCCCCCGAUCCCAUCUUCCAUGUCUGCUACGGCGGUAUGAUCUUCUCCUACCUAGUUGCUCUCCCUCACGAGCGCCGCCACCUUGAGCACCGCCAGCAGCACGCUCAGCAGCACCACUGAUUCGUUCCUUCAGGAUGAGCCUGUUUGUGGAACUGGAGGUGGUUGGCUUACUUGAUCUUUUGUUUUGAACAUUUGAAAUUAAGGCAGAAAGUUACCGUCAGCAUCGACGCAUUUCGUCGUUUGGAUGAUAAAAUAAGUUCUUUGAUACGAUUUCUCAAUUUUCUUGCACUUUGAUGUUAAUUGAAUGUGUGAACAGAAAACAUACUUUUAUCUUUGUUGUCUCUUAGUCCUCUUCUGGAAAGGAUUUCACAUCACAUCUCAAACAGUGUGCCGAAGUUCAGUUUUUCAUAAGGCAAAACUGAAUAAUGGGCUAGGUCUUCUGGUA